AUUUCCUUAAAAUAGCAUACAAGAGCAGCCACGUUACAUACGACUCCACUCAUCUCAUUCCACCCCAUUCACUCUGAACCCCCAACUUGAACCACAACCCAUGUCCCCGUCAUCUCACAUCCUCAUCCUAGGUACCCUCCUGGUCUGGCUCUCCGGCGUUCCUCAUGCGCUUGGCAGCACCCCAAUGCUUGUCCCCAUCCUCCGCACACUCCCCAUCUUCCGCAAACCCGCAGAGAGCUUCGCAGCCGAUUCCACCGAUGACUCUGGCGCGGACGCAGUCGUCGAUGCUAACGAAAAAGGCGGCGAAGCAUUAUGGGCGGGCAGUCGAAUGGGUCCUGUUACCGGAUUCCAAACGAACUCCUGCGUCGUUUUUGCAGGUGGCAUUCAGCUGUUCAGCGACAAAUAUGCGAGGAAGGGACUUCCUUCUGGGACACCGUCAGGAAACUCGCAGUUUAGGGAUGUUGCGGCGGGGUUUUCCAGGAAAGCCGUACGCUGCGUAUUGAUUCGAGCUGGCACUUUUCGCGAGGUGAUAUUUUUUUCCACACCAAAUUGCCAAUAGACCUUGCUUCACAAGGUAGAUCUUAGGUGGCAAUCUGCUGGCAUUGCAAAUAUUAUCUGUUCGAAAGGGGGGAUAAGUCCUUCAC